GCUGCUUUAGAAAGGAAAUGCAGCAAACAGAUAUCGCCUUUCUAAGGUGAGCGACAUGUAGUCUAUCCAUUUUGGACUGGCAGGGAUUUAUUUGAUGCUCUGGCUUGGGCUUCAGGGAAACAAACACACACUGAAUGAAGCCUAGCCAACUGUAACAAGCCUAUGUUUUAAUGACAGCAGGUCCAGCAUUAUGCAAAUGAGCGUGGGUAGUGCAGCGGCAGCGCGAGGCAGAUUAGAGCUGUGCCUGGGAUCAGUGAGCACACGCGCUCUGUCCUCCUCCCUCUCAGAGCAACUAGUGCCUCUGUCUGUCUCUCCUUUCUCCGCUUUUCCUCUCUCUUUAGCUUUUCACUAGUUUUCCCUCAUUCUGUUGUUCCCGUCGGCGGAUGAUUCGUGUGUUUCCCUUUGAGAAGCAGCUCUGAUUUUCCUUUGUGUAAAAAAAAAAAAAAAUCGCGCGUUCGCACGGACUCGCGCUGCGCGCACACCGUUCCGGUUAAACCAGCGCCGUUUCCUCUUUUCUAGUUAAACGGAAAUAAGAAUAAAGAAAAUGCAUCUUUACAAUUUCAUCGGUAUUUCCCCAUGUAAGCACACACACCGCCCCCCGUAUGUUAGUAUUUGGUGUAUAGCAGUUAGAACGAGCGCUGGUUUGAGGUUUAGAGAGACCGGGCUGUAAGUAGGUCGGGCUGGGUUUAAGCGGCUUUAGCCUGCGUCAGCCUAAGCUGGGAGGAAUUCACCCAAAGCCCUCCGCGGUAGGCGGGGGCCUAAACGAGGCUGGCCUAGUUAAGCCUGAUUCUUAUUGUUGCCCGUGUGUGUUGUGUAACACAGAGCAGAGAAGACCUCGGAUGAGAGAGAGUACAUGGGUUAGACAGACUGUUUGAUUGAGAAUCCAUGAAGGGGGAGAAAGAAGAGGGACAAGGAAGAGAGUGAGUGAGAGUUAAACCAGUAUUAGCCUGAGCCUCAUCACAGAACAGAAAGAAAAGGGAGGUAGAGAACCAGACCAAAUCUCAAAAGAAGGAGAGGAAAAGAAGCGAGAUAUUGUGUUGAGUUAGUGCUGGUGUCUAGGCCUGGCUCGGUCCAUUCUGGUUCCCUGGGCUAUGUUCUAAGAUGGCGUCUGGGUCUGUCUACAUGUCGUCCAGUAUGGUGGGUAAGGCUCGCUCCUCCAACUUCACCCUGUCUGAGAAACUGGACCUGCUGAAGCUGGUCCGCCCACACAUUCUCAUCCUGGAGGAGCACACCAACAAGCACGCUGUUAUCGUGGACAAGAACAAGUGCUGGGACACAGUGUCUGAUCAGUACAACGUCUUGGGGGGGGACAGGCCCCCCCGCACUGCCCAGGGCCUACGCACCCUCUACAAGAGGCUGAAGGAGUCGGCCAAACAGGAAGUGAUGCAACGGAGACACGCCCAGCCAGAGUACAGAGGAAGUAUAUCUGAACCAACCAGGAGAGUGAUGGAGAUGAUACCUCACCUUUUCCAUCACGGAGCUAUUCACCAUGAUAAAGACCCAGCGACGAUGCACAGGGUGAUGUAUAAGCAUGACUCUCCCAUGGAGCAACCUGGCAGCAGCUCCUCCCUCCCAGACUACCCAUCAAACCCCGUCACCCACCACCUGGACCAGGAUGUGGUCAGGCUGGACCAGGACGUGGACGUGAAGCCUCCGCCAGACCUGACCAUCCUCUCCACCCGUGUGGGGGUGGUGCUAGGAGGAGAGGGGGCGGAGGAGGAAGAUGAGGACUUGGGCAGUGUCCAUGGUUAUGACGGCUCCCUCUCUCCCUGCCCAUCCUCUGUCGUCCUGCCCCUCUCCACCUCACCCGUUCCACUGCAACGUGACCUUUACCCUCAUGACCACUACCCCCGCCGUGACCCUGAUAGGCUCCGUCCCCUUCAGCUGGCCAAGGAGGAGCACGAGCAGGUCAUGACCAAUCACAGAAAGAUGGGCGUAUACCUGGAGGAGAAGAGGGAGGGGCUAAAGAGGAAGCAGGAACUGGAGGAGGAGCUUCUGAGAGCAAAAAUCAAAGUAGAGAAACUGAGGGCAGCCAGGCUGAGACAUGGACUACCACUGCCCCUAUAACUAACACACCCAUGGUCUGACUGGACUGACCAUAUGGAACUCAGGAGGAUGCUCUGAACUGUUUCUAUGUCUGUGUUUAGCGUGUGGAAGAGGGGUUUGGCCUGAGAAAUCAUGUUGGUGUGAUGAACAGUGAGUUUGAGGGAGGAUUUAAAGGUCCAAUGCAGCCUUCUCAAUCUCAAAUCAUUUCUGGGUAAAAAUGAAUUACAUUACUGUGAUUGUUUUCUAUUAAAAUGCUCAAAAAGAGACAAAAAUAGAUUUUUAGCAAAGUUCAAUUUCUCAAGUAAGAAUUUUGCUAGGAUUGUCUGCGAGUGGUCUGAGUGGGGAGGGGAAAACUGAUAACAAACUAUUAUUGGCCGAACGGUUUUCAACUCUCUUUCUUCUUGGUCUAUUAACACAUUUAUGGUGAUGUCACCAGGCAGGCCAGAACUCCAUCCCACCAAAACAGGCUGAUAUUUCAGCCGAUCAUUUCUAACAUCUCUUAAGCUAAAAAGGCAUUAUCAUAGUUUUCACCAUUUCACAGUAUUCCAAUCUCAUAGUGUGGAAAUAUAGAGUACCAGUCAAAAGUUUGGACACGUCUACUAAUUGAAUUGUACUAUUUUCUACAUUGUAGAAUAGUAGUGAAGACAUCAAAACUAUGAAAAAACACAUUGAAUUUUUUUUCAACAAACACACAUUGCACUAAAAAAAGUGUUCAACAAAUCUAAAUAUAUUUUAUAUUCUAUGAAGUAGCCAUCCUUUUGUCUUGAUGACAGCUUUUCACACUCUUGGCAUUAUCUCAACCAGCUUCAUGAGGAAUGCUUUUCUUACAGUCUUGAAGAGGUUCACACAAAUGCUGACUACUUAUUGGCUGCUUUUCCUCCACUCUGAAGUCCAACUCAUCCCAAACCAUCUCAAUUGGGUUGAGGUCGGGUGAUAGUGGAGGCCAGGUCAGCUGAUGCUGCACCAUCUCUCUCCUUGGUCAAAUAGCCCUUACACAGCCUGGAGGUGUGUUUUAGGUCAUUGUCCUGUUGAAAUUCUAAUGAUAGUCCCACUAAGUGCAAACCAGAUGGGAUGGUGUAUCGCUGCAGAAUGCUGUGGUUACUAUGCUGGUUAAGUGUGCCUUGAAUUCUAAAUUAAUCACAGAUAGUGUCAUGAGCAAAGCACCAUCACACCUCCUCCAUGCUUCACGGUGGAAACCACACAUGCGGAGAUCAUCCAUUCACCUACUCUGCGUCUCACAAAGACAUGGCGGUUGGAACCAAAAAAUCUCAAAAUUGGACUCAUCAGAGCAAAGGACAAAUUUCCACCGAUCUAAUGUCCAUUUCCCGUGUUUCUUUGCCCAAAAAAGUAUCUUCUUAUUGGUGUCCUUUAGUAGUGGUUUCUUUGCAGCAAUUAGACCAUAAAGGCCUGAUUCGAGCAGUCUCCUCUGAACAGUUGAUAUUGAGAUGUCUGUUACUUGAACUCUGAAGCAUUUAUUUGGGCUGCAAUUUCUGAGAUUGAAGAUGAACUUAUCCUCUGCAACAGAGGUAACCCUGGGUCUUCAUUUCCUGUGGCGGUCCUCAUGAGAGCCAGUUUCAUCACAGCUCUUGAUGGUUUUUGCGACUCCACUUGAAGAAACUUUCAAAGUUCUUAAUGUUCCCUAUUGACUGACCUUCAUGUCUUAAAGUAAUGAUGGACUGUCGUUUCUCUUUGCUUAUUUCAGCUGUUCUUGCCAUAAUAUGGACUUGGUCUUUUACCAAAUAGGGAUAUCUUCUGUAAACCAACCCUACCUUGUCACAACACAACUGAUUGCCUCAAACGCAAUAAGAAGGAAAUAAAUGUUUUAAUAAGGCACACCUGUUAAUGGAAAUGCUUUCCAGGUGACUACCUCAUGAAGCUGGUUGAGAGAAUGCCAAGUGUGUGCGAAGCUGUCAUCAAGGCAAAAGGUGGCUAUGUUUUAAGAAUCUAAAAUAUAUUUUGAUUUGUUUAACACUUUAUUUGUUUACUACAUGUCUACAUUUCAUAGUUUGGAUGUCUUCGCUAUUAUUCUACAAUGUAGAAAAUAGUAAAAAUGAAGAAAAACCAUUGAAUAAGUAUGUGUCCAAACUUUUGACUGGUACUGUAUAUAAAACACAGGGAAAUCUAGUUUUUGACUGCACUGGGCCUUUUGAACAGUGUAUUUGCAUAAGGAAGUGUGUGUUUUGAGUGAGGAUUUAAACAGUGUGUUUGCGUGUGGGACAGUGUGUGUGUGGUGACUACGGUUGAGUUAUGACUCUGGAGCUAAAAACAAUACAGAUCUCUGCUUUUGUCAGACGAGAGGCGCUACUAUCACUGGUUUCAGGUACUAUUUUGACUGGUUUCAUUUGGUUCAAAACCCUGUCUUGCUUUACCAUCCCAUUAGGAGGGAAGAUGAUAGGUGAUGAGGAGGGGUUUAGAAGGGGGUGUUGCUGUUACAGUGGUGUGAUGUUCAGUGUUUCUUGUUCAGAUCUGUGGUUUCAUUGUUUUCUAUUAAAAUAGUUUUUCUAGUU